AAGUCUGGUUAUGUCAAGAUGCAACAGUCUCAGCUCUGCCCACUCUGUCACAGGUGCGCCACAGAGCAUCACUGAAUGGCUGGCACUCUGGGAAAAGGAUCCAGUGGAGAUUCUUCUUGAUUUGGGGUUUGGUACAGAAGAACCUGAUGUCUGCACUAAAAUCCCUCCUCGGUUCCUCAGUGGUGCUUCUGUGGCAAAAGGGAUCAACAUCCGUGUCUUUUUGGAAGCUCAAAAGCAGCGGAUGGAUAUUGAGCAGCCAAACCUAUAUGGAUGUUUUCGACAACUGGAAGUACUUGACCACGUCACUAGUGCCCUCUCGUCUUUGCUGACUAAUGUGAAUACCCAACAGACCAUGGACCAGGACACUGGCAGGGUUGAGACUGACCUCCUGGGUGCUGCGAAGACCAGAGCUGUGGUCACACAAGCGAAAAGGAGAAGAAUAGGCCAGCUCCUGAGACGGGCUUCUCGGCAGACAGCGCUACUGAAACAGGGCUCGCUGGCACCUGGGGAAGUCCAUCUGCCUGGCAUGAAAGAGCAGCCUCCCCCUUGUGCAGAUACUGCUGAGAGGGGAACAAUCCAGGCGGGAUUUUCUGCGCACGUUACCUUGGGUUCUUUGGCCCAGGAGCAAACCUCCAGAGACAAAGGUUCCUCGGCAUACCCAGUAUCGCAGUGUCCACCAGCUCUGCCGGGGAAAACCUGGGCUUCAUCACAUUUAGUGACUAAACAGCCCCACCUUUCUUCUGCAUGUGAGGUGCCUGCCAAAGACAGGCCAAGAAGAGAGACACAUUUGCUUCUGGCCCACACACUCAAAAAAGCAGCAGGCCUACACUGCAAGCCUCCAGACUCAUUUGAAAUGGAAGAGAUUCAGAGCUUUGACGAUGAAAUUCCAUGUGGAAAUGCUCCUGACACCACUUCAGAGGUGAUGGUGACAAGAACAAGCAGCUGCCAGUCAGACAGCAGUGGGUUCAUGGAGGAGCUGCCAGAGCCCUUAGUUUUGCAAAAUGCAUCUUUGUCAGGAAAGAUGAGUAUUAUUUCUGAUAACUACAAUGAAGAAACAGCCCUGUCACAUAGGACAGAGUUUCCUAUGUUAAAUCAAGAUUUCCAACAAAAUCCAGAUGAUUGUGUUACUGAGGUCUUCAUCACAGCUUAUGAGAGCAUCUUGACAGUAUCUAAGCCAACAAAAGCAUGCAGUGACCAGGGAGAAGAGAUUUGCCUCCUGCUGACUGCAGAAAAUGGUGAUUAUCAGGCCCGUAAUGCUGAUCUGCAGAGUUUUGUCCAAGAAAGAUUACACGAUAUGGACAAGAAAGAGCAUAAAACUGGAAGAAAGCAACUGGAAGAAGAGGAGUGCAUGAAACAGUACACUCCUUGUUUUAAGAGUGAUAAUCAGGAUGAAGGAGAUCCUAUCUCCUCAAAAUUUGUUCAUCAGAUUUGUUUCAGUACAGGACAUAAAAAUACAAAUAUAGUCUUCACUGAACUGAGUGAUACAAACCAUGCAGUCAUCAGUGAGAGCAAACACAGAGGCAACGAUGAAGGUGAGAGGUGCCUGACUGAAAAACACAUUGGAUUUGCAUAUCAUGAAAAUGCCCAUGGAAGCAGUAUAGAACAUGUUAAAGGACUCUGGUGGGGCCAGGAAGUGGUUGGUAAAGAUGGUACCCUGCUUGCAGUGAAUGAGGAGACAAACAGACAGAUGCUCUGCAACAUGGAUAGUAAUGCAAAAAAUACAAGAUACUUCUCUGAAAGGGGGCUCCCAGAAACUCUGUGUCAGGGCACGGCAGUGGAGAGUGGGAGUAGUGCCACUUCAAGCAGAUCGCCACAAAUAUCUUGCAGUCCUCCCUGCUGCCUAGCAGAAAGGCCUGGAUUAAGUUCCCCUGAAGAUCAACAGACUGGUAGCAUAAGGGAGAUGUUAGGUGCUGACAAACCUGAACAGGCAGGCACUGUCCAAAACUGUGAAAUGACUCGUACUCCUCUGAAAUCUGUUACUGUUCAGAUGCCUUCAGGGCUGGAGUUUACUUCAAGGGUGAAGUGCAAAGGGCAAAAUGCUCCUCGCAUUGACAGCCUUGCUAAGGAUGACCCUAUGGACUUGUCCAGUGUGUUAGCACACUCUGAGGGUGGUCGUCUUGUAUGGUCAGACCCAGGGGCUUCAAAGGACGGUGUGAAGCAGACCGCUGAGUCCUCCAGCCAAACUGACACCCUCACCAGGAAAACCAGGCUGUCACCACUGCUUUGUCCACCCCAUAGCCACCUGACAAAAUCAUCCUCUCUAGACAGCAUACUCUUUGGCAAAUACAGGUCGCGCCACUGGGAUGAAACCUCUGGCAUCACAGGUGCACAGGGCAGUCACUGUUGUCGCUGCUGCUGCUACCACAGCUGCUGCUCAGAGACAUAUCCUGUGCCUGUUUCUCCCCAUCGCCCUGUAGGCUGCAGCUCAAACCACGCCACCACCAAGCUGCAGCUCUUGAAGACACUGACACUCCUGCAGGAAACUGCGAUGCAAAAUCUUCUUCCAUGUACCCUCCAGGAAAUAGAACUGAUGAAGAUCUCCUGCCAGCACUUCCGUGAGAAGCUGGAUGAGAUUGAACAGCACCUGACUGAACAGCAGGCACUGCUUUCUGAUGUUAUGCCAGAUGAAGGAAGGGAGGAAAGCAGAUACCUGCAACUCCUACGGCAGGCCGUUCGUCAGGAGGUGGCAGAGCUGGAAUUUCAGCUGAACGAUCGAACUUGCCAAGUCAGGGAGGGCAUCCUGAUGCAGCUGGACCAAUUACUGGUAGAACAAUCCCAUCUGUUUUCUGAGCUUGGACUCUCCGACUGGAAGGGAGAAAGAAAUGCCCAGAAUAAACAAGCACUUCCAGAUGCUGCUGACACUGUGCAUCCUAGAAGUGGGUGCUCAGAAAUGGUACUUCAAAGAGCUCCUAGCAAAAACAUCACAGCAGCAGGCUCUCUAUCUGCCCUGCAGCCAGGGGCACCCUUGGCACCAUUUUCCACCAAGAGAGUGCCUGAGCCAAAUUCAGAUGAGUCUGACCCACAGGAACCCUCCACCAGCAAAAAGGAAAUAAAAGGACCUCCCCAAGCAAAAAUGGACUUUAAGACCUUUAUACGCAAUUUGAAGAAAUCUUUCAGAAGUCCUUUAGGUAAUGAUUCAGCAGAAGGGAAAGACUGAUGGAGGACAGACUGAUGGAUUUUGUUUUUAAUAAUUGUGGCCUUUCUCCUUCUAUACAUGGCAUAUCUCAGAAGCAAAUAAGCAAAACGCUGCUUUAUGCAAAGUUUUGAUCACAGCAGUUUCAUUUGCAAUCAGGUGACUGGCCAGAAAAGUAGGCAUCUUUAAAAGAUAUUUCAAAAACAGACACUGCAUUUUGCUAUUUUGUGAGUGCAAAACUUACUAUAUUACUCUUGGCAUGACACAGGGCUGUUCUUUGUAAAGUCAUUUACAAAGAAGAGGAGAGGGCUUGUUUUAAGAAGAAACUUAUGAACUUGUGGACAGCCUAGGAGAUACCUCUAGAAGCUAUUCUCCUUAAAGCCAGUUAUUUUAACAUAGUCCUUCAAACAAUAUUAAACCUCAAGUCCAAACUACCUUGUGCAGCCAGCCCCUAGCCAUCUUCUAGCUUUUAACUAGCUAGUAAAACCUAAUUUGCCUCUGACUAACUUUAUGAGGCUUGUAUCUAUUGUCCGUAUCAAAUCAGGAGCUCACUGACAGUGUAUAAAAUGUUAAAUACCCACACUGUCAAACCAUUACUGUGGAUAGUGUCCUGGCUGUCCUCUUCAUUUUCAUGUUUGCUUCACAGAAAUCUAAUUGAAGAAAAAAAAAAAAGUUUAAAAAAAAAAAAUAAAAAUCACGGGAUUAUAAACCUUCAAUCAGAAUCCUGGUUCAGUUUUCUGGGGAGUGCUCAGAACCUGGAUUCGUGCAGAAGAAAAAGAAACCCCCAAAACAACAAACAAACAAACAAACAAACAAAACACUAGAAAAGACCUCUCUGGUUUGGAGUAUAGCAAAGAAAUCCAACUAGCUCAUUUUCAAAGCAGUUUGUGCUACUGCUUUCAAUUUGGCCCUUCCCAGGCUGUGAGACGUCCUACUGGCUUGUUUGUUUAAUGCUCUGGAGGGAUCUUAGGUGUCAUUUAGGCUUUGGUGUUGCAAAUCACAGCUCUGCAAAGGUGCAAAUAGAAGUAGCAUUUGCACAUGUUUAAGGAGAAAAUGGAGUCAAACAUGCUGAGCAGCCUGGAGGCCCCCUGCACCUCGAUGUUUCCACAGAUGUUCAGGGCAAUAAAAUGACUGGGGGAGAGGUACAUAACACAGGAACCAACAAGCUCCCCCACAGCCUGCUGGGCCAUGAAUUUUACUGGCUGAAAUUUGCCCCUUUCUUGAGACCCCGCAUGGGAUUUGUACACCACUUCCAUGCUAUCAAGUGUUUAAGAGUUUAUAUAUCAAGAUUUGUGACUUUGAAGCUGCUGUGAUUAAUCUCGACAGCAAGCAGCAUGCAAACAGGACCAAAAUAACCUUCAUCUCCACUACCUUAUGAACUGCAACUGCAGAUGUUGUACUUUGUGGAGGAAGGCAAAUAAAGAUCAAGGUGAAGGAUAUACAGUGAUGCCAGUGCCAAAGGAAUCCUGGAAGUAAGAACAGCUAAGACUUUUCUUUUCCUUAUCCACACCAUAAAACAAGCUACUUUUUGUAUGUGGCACUGCAGCGUGUUAAGUAAAAGCUUUAAGUAGGUAUGUGAUGCUACAGCCGCUGUAUGCCUGUCUUAUAUCCUUGUGUGCAGGUGGCAGCUAUUCUUGAUCAGAAAGAUCACAUGGGACCUCUGAUGCCAUUUGACUUCUACCAUCUACAUUCAUAGCCAGGACUGAAUUUGAUUCCUCAUAACAAAACUUUCCUGUUUGAACAGUCUCUGGGUGAUUUGUGUGUGCAGUCCGGUUCCUCAAUUCACUUUAAUUAUAAUCUCAUGCAAGCUGUGGAGGGGAUUGGGUUCCCCAUAUGCAACACAGACAUCCAUAAAUACAUUAUUACUUAAACUUACAUUUCUAGCUAGCUAGCCCUUCAAGUCUUCCAUGUUGUUUUAAUGGUUAAGCUAUAACCUCGUAGCAAUAAAAAGCAUAUUAAGCAAGGGGAACGGGUAAAAUCUUUUGAUUUAUGGUAGAGCACAACUUCCUAAGUCCUCCAAGCAUAUUACAAGGAUGUCUGGAUUGAGUCUCAGUGCUGCUGUUGAAGAUGCAAGACAAAAGAAAUCAUGCAUUUUGUGAUUAGGAAAGCCUGGGGUGGCACUGGUGAGUGUAGCAACCCAGCUGUGUGCCUUCUUUUCCUUCCACACACAGUGUUACCAGUCUUUAAAAUGCUAUCUUUUAUUUCCCCUCAGGGCAGGGGAAAUAGUUACUCAUAAGUAAAUAUGAUGGGAUUCUUAAUGAUAACUUCACAGAAUUAAUGGAAUAAUAACAUAUCUGAUUGAGUAAUGUAAUUGCUCUAGCUAGCUAGAACCAUAGCUUGCAGGCUUACAAGGCAGCAGGUCAUACCUCAAAGGGGACUACAUUGCUUGUGAAAAGCAUUAGUGCUAACCAGUUCACAAGUCUGAAAUCUGAAGAAAACUGACCUUGUCACACUGCAAUAUUUCUGGGGAAAAAAGUAAAAGAAAAUAGGUGGAGUAAUGGCAGUAUUUGAACUAAAGACUGUUGUCCUCCCUAUUCCAGCACUCAAAACUGAAAUGGGCUGAACCAAUGGCUCUGUUUCAUGAGACUGCCAAGGCCCCACAGAUGUUCAUGCAAUAUUGUUCAGAUCUGCUGUGGAAAAGGGAUGCAUAGGGAUGGACACUGCUGUGUUAUAGUGGCACUGAUUCUCCCAGCUCUCCAGCCCUCUUUCAGCAUCUCUCACCUUCAAAAAUCCUAAAACUGCAGCCUCAAAUCCUUGUAACUCCCUUUUAAGGGCUCAGUACCUGUGCCCUGGUAACAAUUUCUGGAGAACAAGGUCCACAUGCUGUCUCACCAAAGCACAUGAGAGGAAACAAGUUAGGAAGGCCAGGGGAGAUCAGUAGAAAAUAAAAUUAUAAUAAUAAAAAAUGAAAAAAAAAGAUUCCCUAAAAAAAGGUGGAAAAAUAAAAAACUAAUGAUUUCUUUUGUUCACCGUAGUUCAGCACCAUUUGGGUCACUUGGAUUUUACUUUUUUUGUCAUUGGCUUUUGCCUUCAUUGAUUUUCCCUGAUGCCCCAUAAAUCUUUAAACCCUGAAGCUAAAAGAGGCUGCAUUGUGCACCAGCUUUAAUACUGAUUUUGCUAGUGAGUAUAAAAUCUAGAGGGAUAAUAAGGAAAUCCAUCUAAGGUACCCUGCCAAGGGCUCCCAUUAGUCGCUUUACCAGGCAUCAAUUCAAUAAACCCUCAAGAGCAGCCCAUGAAUAAGCAUCAGAGCCUCCCUGGCAUAUUAAUGCAUCAGUUGCCUAAUUGUCAAUGCUGCCAACAGACUCUAAGAAAAGAAGUAUCUUGGGAACUCAGCCCCUUUCAACUUCAAGUCCAACGUAGGUUUGACACCAGCUUAGGAGAAGGCAGGGCUCAGGAGAGGGGUGUGACAGCCAAAUAGCAGGGGACGGCUGCUUUCAGUGUGGUGCUGACUUUCUGCUGGAUGCAAAGCCCAGCUCUGCCCAGCCUACAUCUGCUGUCUCCAUGCUGCAUGUUGAUGAGGUGCCCCAGGUCAGGCCCAUGACUUUCUCCACAGAGGACUGGAGUUAGUAUUUGAAAAAAAAAGUCUUAAGUCUUGACCUCAAGCAAUAGGAAUAAACUGGUUCUGAGCUGCUUGAUAUGAAAGCCUUUCUCCUCCAGGGCCACCAGCCAGCCCAGGUGGCAGGAACCCUGAGUCUUAUUCCUGGCUUUGCUGUGUGUUCUCUGUGUAACCCGGGCCUUUACCCCAUGGGGACCCUUCUUCCAUAUUGCCUUCUUUCUGUCUCAUCUAAUGAGGUUUUAAAUUCCUCCCAGAGAAGUUACUCUCUCAUACUGUGUUCUUACAGAGCUGGGCACAGUGGGGUCCCAAUAUCAGUUGGGACCUCUACUUGCUGCUAGGAUGAUAAU